AUGCUCCGAUUUUCGGCGAUUUUUCUUCUUUUUCUGGCCGCCGGCCACGCUCUUCAAACUUGCGAACAAUGUCUGAAUUCCGGGCUACAGUAAGUCACAAAUUUUCGGAAUUUUAAGCCUGCAUCACGAAAUUUUCAGUUUUUGCGCCGAUACGCACCUCUGUAACUCGCCAGUUUGUCUCAAUACGAUUACGGUAAGUCGACGUACUUUCGCGUCUACAGUAAACCGUCAAUCAGUUUUUAGCAUCUGAUUAAUUGUCCGAGAGCUCCGAAUGGCACGUAUGACGAUAAUGAGGCGCGCACGAAAUGGCUCCCACUUUUCGGAGCAAGUGCCACCGAUUCGCUCAUGGCUCAAAAGUGUUUCGAGUGAGUUUUAGGGGUUCUUUGACAGAUUUUCAAUUAAAACAAAGUUUAGCAACAACUGGCCGACGAUGAAACUCUCCAAGCGAAUUCUCGUCAAUUGCAGUGAUCCGAGCCCGAUUUUGCCACGUAAGUUAAAACAUUUUGUUCAAUCUACGAGUAUUUAUCGAUUUUUUUUGUUCAGUGACCACUUGCGCAAUGAUCACAGCGGUGGACACUAGCCAAAAAGUGUUGGUAAUGUCGUUCCGAGCGACGAACACGGGAACCCAGUUGGACGAGGAGAUUCUCAACUAUUUCGUCGCCAAAAAGGCGUUUUUCGACAGCGGCUACAUUUUCGAGUUCUUCUACGACGCCUACGUGGCACUUUGGAAGGGCGGUCUCGAGACGGAAAUCCGGAAUUUAAAGUACAAGUAUCCGGAUUACGAGUUGUGGGUGAGCAUGAAUCUUUAGGCCGAGGCCUGGACUUUUGACACACUUGCAAAGUCCAGGCCUCCAAAAAGCCUGGGCCGGCCUCGAGACCGUGGCUCCUUUUUUUCUCAACUUUUCAAUCGAUAAACUUGCAGGUGACGGGUCACUCGCUGGGCGCGGCGCUGGCCUCGGUCGGUGCCUCGUGGGUCGUCAAAUCGGGUCUUUUCAAGCCGGAAACCGUGAAAGUGCUCACGGUCGGACAGCCGAGAACCGGCGAUUACGACUAUGCCAUGUGGCAUCAGAAUACUGUACGCUUUCGAGACACACAUUCCACCGAAAAAUGUAUGUUUGCAGUUCGCCUGGUCGUUCCGAGUGGUUCAUCAUCACGACAUUGUGCCGCACGUUCCGUUCCAAUACGAAAUUGUGGAUAAGGACAAGAUGUACCAUCACAGAACCGAAAUCUGGUGAGUUUACUGUUUCAGACAAGUUUCUAAAUGUUAAAAAACUAGUACAAGACCAUUUCCAUGGUGAAUUCCAAUGAAACAAAUGUGUUUUCAGGUACAAUAACGACAUGACGCCCGGCUCUGCGUACCACGUUUGUCAGGAGGCCGACGGAUUUUAUUGUGCCAAUCAACAAACGGAUUUGAGUUGGAACGACCACACCCACUAUUUCAAUACCGAUUUGGACACUUAUGGAAAUAAUGGAUGUCCCAAGAGCUCCUAG